AUGAGUAACUCAACUAGUUCGUUCGAGUCGGGAAUGAGAAACCUGAAUCUUGGUCAUGAUUCAACAUCAUAUCAUCACAGCCAGCAACAGCAACAGCAACAGCAACAUCAUCAACAGCAUUACAGUCAACCUCCUAACCAAGGCGGAGGGGGCCAAUGGAACCAGGGUCAGUAUAUCCAACAGCAAUACCGAGCCAGUGACGAUGAGGACGAUGACCAGCCCCUUUCUUACCAGCAACAACAACAAGCAUCGCAAGGAAACAACUUUCCCAGACCUGUAUCUGUUCGAAACAUGGCAAUCGGUUUGAACUCAGCAAAGCCAUCAAACUUCAUCAAACCUGCACCACCUCAGUCUAACAGCUCCAUUGUACCCCAAGAUAUGAGUGUGAUUCAAUCACUGUACGAAAAUUACUCUCAAAAGGUCUACUUUGAAGGCUAUGUGUACAAAAAGAAUGACUUGACUGUGGAUGGCAAGUCAUUCGGCGAUCCCAAAUGGUCCAAAUGGUACGUCGAGCUUUGUGGACCUGUAUUGACGCUCUGGGACACACAGACUGAUCAAAGCGAGAAUGUGAUGCCUCAAUAUAUCAAUAUUACCGACUCCAAUGUUGAACUUGUUGGUCGCUCUGGUGAACCUGGACGAGAGAACGUAUUUUCCCUGAAUUCAGCUGGUGCUAAUCGAUAUCUGUUUGAUGUGCCUGAUUUCAACACACUCGUCAAUUGGGUCUGUGCUAUUCGUCUGUCAUGUUUUGAAUGCUCCAAGCUGCAGGAAAUUUUCACACGCAGCUUUGUGUCUCGCUCAGCAUACGCCGAUGUUCUUGCCAAGCCAAUGAGUAAGAUGGAAGGAUUUGUCCAGGUCAGAUUCUCAGGCACAACCGAGUGGCAAAAGUAUUGGGUGGUAGUAUCAGAUAGAAAGGAGGAGAAGAAGCUUUUCAGCAAGAAAUCAGUGCAGUCAAGGGGUCAAAUGAUGUUUUACGAAUCAAAGAAGGCAAAGUCGCCAGUGCUGACCAUGGUCAAUGUGGUGCAAUCUUACAUUUUGUAUCCGGAAUCACCACAAGCCAUUGAUCUUGUUACCAUGUUCAAAGUGGAAGGAAGCACAUUUACUGUCAAAUUGAAUGGCGAGCAACAGCCUGCAGCAUCCUACUCGAGUGCACUCAUCAUGGCAUCAACCCCCAAAGAGCUUGUUCAGUGGACAAUUGGCACUUUUGACGCAUUCAAAUUGUACGGCAGACCCAGCCGCUUGAAUGACGAUCCUCUCAACAUCAACUCACUCAAUUUUGGAGAACCCAAAAGUGAUUUGCCUCGCUUGUUUUUGGAAGUACCUGAAGUGGCACACCUCAACUUUAGCGAUGAAACUUUGCUGGAUAAUAAGGCCCAAUUUGCAGGCAUUUUGCUUCAUAAAAUGCAGCAGCAGCAGCAGCAACCUCCACCUCCACCUAUGCAUCGCCAAUCACAACAGCCAAUGGGCCUCAUUCAUCAAAUACCUUCAGGUGCACCCAUGUACAAUAAUCAGUCGCCUCGUCCCACUUCGCAACGGAUGUCUACAUAUUCCAGCCAGUCUUCCUCCAUCAGAUCUCCACUGCCACAACCCACUCAGCAACAACAACAACAACAACAGCGUAUGAAUGCUCCGGCACCAGGUCGCAGAAUCUAUGCCAGUGACGAGGGAAGUGAUGACGACGACGAAGAAGAAGAAGAGGAGGAAGACAGUGAUCGCGAUUCCGUAUUCAACAAGAAAAGCUCCAAACUACACACAAAAGAAAGUUUAUCGCUACCCCCUAUGACAGCUUCAGAAGAUGAUGGAUUCGCCAGCAGCAUUUUAGGUGAUAUUGAAAAGAGGAACACAACAUCUGCAUCACCGCGCGCACCCCUUCAGACAGAUAGUGUAUUUUCACCACCUCAACCAUCCGCACAGACACUACCAACUGACCAUUCAUCCAACACAAGCUUGCCAACCAAGGAAAAAGGUGCCAAAAGUGAGGAUGAAUUUGGGCUGUCUGAUAGUGAAGAUGAAGAGCCUACUCGGGCCCCUGUUACAUCAGCCAAAAGACCAACACCCAAGAUGGCCAGAACUCAAGUCAGUCUGAGUGGAUCAGAUACUGAGGACGAGGAGGACGCAGAGGAUGAUGCGAGCUAUUCUGGCAGUGAUGACGAUGUUCCAAUUCACCAGCAACAGCAACAUCAGCAACAGCAGAGAUAUCAACAGCAGCAAUACAUGGACUAUAACGAUCCUCGCAUGCAGUAUCAGCAAGGCCAACCACAAUGGGAUAGUGCAAGUAUGAUGGAGCAGCAGCAGCAAUACUUUGAUGAAGAUGGAUAUCCUAUCAUGGAUGAAGAUGGACCUGUUAUUCCCCAAUUGGGCGAUCGAUUUGCCACUCAAAAUAGCUUACUGGACACCUACAGACCAGACCGUGCAUCAGCUCAUGACCAAGAAGGCUACGCUAGAGCCACAGGACAGCCACUCAUACAAGUCCCUAAUAAACCACCGGAGCCUCGCGCUGGUUUGGUAGGCAUGAUUUCUCAAAUUGAGCACGAAAAAAAGCAAAAGGAAUCCAGUAAGAAUCGAUUUGGCGACAUGGACCGUGAUCGUAUGAUGGACCGUGAGCGAGAAAGAUAUAUGAUGGAUCAGCGUGCACAAAUGAUGCAGCCUAUGAUGGGUCAAGGCAUGAAUAUGAUGGGGCAGCCAAUGAUGUAUCCAGGAAUGAACCCUGCCAUGAUGCAAAUGAUGGGUGGUCAAAUGCCAAUGAUGAACUUGAUGGGCCAGCCAAUAAUGUAUCCUGGUAUGAUGCAAAUGCAAAACCCCAGCAUGAUGAACAUGCAAAUGAUGCCUCAAAUGAUGGAUCCUCGUAUGUCAAUGAUGAUGAUGCAGCAACAAUAUGGACAAUAUCCAAUGUGGCAACCACAACAACAGGCCAUGUUUGGCAAUCCUCGAUUCAAUGGCAUCCAAGAAGAAGAUGAUGACGAUGAGGAUGAUGAUGUGCCACUUGGAGCAAAAGAAUCUCUCAUACCCAGAAACAGUAAUAACAAUCAAAUUUAA